AGAUUUCACUCGGUUAGGAGCAGCGAAGAGCAAGAAGAUGGCAAGCAAGAUUGUACCCACAGGCAGCAAGAGGCCCAGAGACCCCUCUACUCAGUCAACUGAACUGCUGUUAUUGAAAAUUAAACAAAACCUUCUGAUCAAUCACAACCCAGAAUCAGCAGCAGUGUGGGCUUAAAGGUCAAGUUUUUGAUCAAUAUACCUUUGAAGGUGGAUUCAGAGGAUGAGGCAAAGAAAAGGUGUCGUUAUCUACUCAAUGCUCUAAUUGAAGGCUUUAAAGAAGAGGAUAGGAAAUUUACGAGGGAUAGAAAUGGCAGAGAGGUGCUGGAAGAUGUAGCCGUGAUUUUUGGCAUGAACGGAAAACACACCCAAGACCUAGUUAAAGAACUGAACAAACUCGAGGGCUACACGUACGAUUGUAAAAUCAGGUAUUCUAUAAUCACGUACACUUGGGGAAGCGGUGGAACAAUAGCAACUGAAUUGACUGAUGAAGAAAUUCAAAAACUACAAAAAAAAUCUAAAAAGCCUAAAAAUAUCAUACCAUACCAGGAUAUUCGAGAGUAUCUGAAAAGCCAUGCUGCUACAACAAAUCUUGUGCGGGAGUUGAGGGGAAACGAUAGAAGUCUGGUUUACUUCAGUUUCAUUGAUAGCGACACUUUCAGCUUCAACUCCAUCUACAGUGAAUACUUAGAAAUAGUGAGAAAGGAGCUAAAAAAAGAUCCACCCAUCCCACCCACCCUCAUGUCGACUGGUUAUGAGCUCACCCACGAGAAAAAACAGCACCUUGCAAGUGACCUGGACCUCCAGAUUCGUGCAGCCUUAGCAGAGGUCAAUGGUCUCUUCGUGUAUUACCCAGAACCCAACUUCUGCGUUCUAGUGGAUGAGGAAAAGAACACCAUAGAGGAGAGUUUCAUCAAGAAAGGAAGGAGCAAAGGCGAUUACACAAUGGAGUCAUGCGUUCUGAUCAGGCAGGUCAAGACACGUGCCAAUUUUAAAGCUGUGUUUCCCGUCAGUAAGCCCAUCAUCAUCGUUGCACCAGAAAGAUUUCAGAAAUAUGAGAAAGAGCCAGAGCUAAAAGACCUAAAGAUCAGACAGUCAACUCUGAAUGACAGGACUUUGGCAAUUGGUGUAUACUGUAAUGGGGCGAUCGAAUUUAAGGAAACAUAUAAAGGGGUGGAUUUACCAAAUGACCCCAAUGUGCAGCCAGGAGUAUAUCAUUUAAACUUAAAGUUCAUCAGGGACUUGUAUAAUUGUGAUGAUGAUGCGAAAUUUGAAGAGCUAAGUAAAAAAAAUCCAUUCCGCAUGGAUGGAGGAGACGGAAUAGAAGUAGUCGAAGCUAUCAGACAAGCAAGAGAAUGCAGAAAGGUUUUUGAAGAACUUCAGGAACAGUUCAAUAAUCGUUAGAUUGAAAUAUUCAUCUGGUUCUUGUCUGAUUUUAGAUUGUGCACUCAUCUGAAUCAGGAACAGCCACAAUAAUUAGACAACAUGCUUUUGUUGGUUUGAUUGUUUCUAUUGUCCUCAUUUGUAAGUCGCUGUGGAUAAAAGCAUCUGCUAAACAAUUAAAUGUAAAUGAUGUGCACAUAGUAUGCAAAUGAAGCUGAAUUUUGAUGCUGUGUAACAUUUUUCUGAAUAGCUCAUAGCCUAUGUUUUUUCCUGAAUGAGAUUAAAUUACGCUUAUAUCAAAUGUUAAUAAAUUGGCAUCCAAUGAUAUGUUUAUGUACUAAAUAAUUAAGAUAUGAAUAUUCCUUUUUUUUUUUUUUUUUACAUUUAUUUCCUAAAUGAUUUAAUUGUUUGUUGUUGUUUUUAUCCAUACAUUUAUUAUUUUCACAUCAACAAUUUAUAAUCAGUUCAGUAUACAAUAGUUGUUUGGUGUUGACCAGGACAUUUAUUAGCAUUAAAUUCAUUUUUAUAUUUCAUGUGUAUAACAAAUCUGAAGCCUUAUUUGAUUCUGUUUUUGCUUUUGGACAAAUGUAUUAAAGAUGGAGAAACCUAUUCUGUAUAUUAUCAUGUUCACUUAAUCAUUUAAAGAAGAAAAUACAAAUAAAAAUUGAUUUUUAGCUUUGA